GAAGCCUACGGCCUUCCCAAACGGAAAUUUAUCCCCAAACAUGCUCUGCUUGCGCCUAUUGGUUCUCAAUCGCAUUGCUCUAACUCAGCCAUAAUAUUUUGAUAAUUGAGUGAGGGGGCGCGCUCUGGGUAAGUUGUAGUGCAGGUCUUCAAGAUCUAGGGUAACCAAGCUGCUCUGGGUAAGUUGUAUUGCAGGUCUUCAACAUCUAGGUUAACCAAGUUUGGAGUCGGGAUGGCUGAACCUAUAGCCUUGGAUACUAGACCAGAUUUUUCUGGAGAACUGGAGUUAACGAUGUCAUCGGUUAUAAAGAAGUUCUUCAUUGCAUCAAUAUUUAUGUGGGUAGCACCAAUUGCAAUUUUACAUGGUUUUAACCAUAAAUUUUUUCCUGGUUCAACUGAAUUAUCCUCCUACUCGUUGACACUGUUGAGCGGAUUCCUUGCUGUCAUAUCAGUCAAUGCUGUUAUAGCAAUUUACAUAUAUAUGGCAAUGAAAGAACCUUCAGAUAAACAUGAACCAGAUCCUGCAUUUCUUGCCAAUGCCAAAGCCAGUCUAAAGCAGUCUAGAUCAAAUGAAGCAGAGGAUUCAUCAAGAACUGGUGAAAAAGAAGAAUAGGAUGUUCAACAUUUCAGGUCUUCUUUGGCUGUCGUAAAGAACCAACUCACACAUGAGCAUGCCCUUCCACUUAUCAACAUUUGUUCUUCAAGGGUGGUGCGUCACUUGUUAUUAUGCUUGAGAUCAUGCGAUAUGCAGCGUGAAUGGAACCACUCUUAAAUUAGAUGGAUCCUUUGUCUGCUUCUGAUUAUAUGGUAAAUUAUGUGGUUCAAGUUGAAAUGGAUCGUGCCAUAAUUUGAUUAAAAACCAUUACA